AAGAAAUGAUUUAUCGUGUAACAUCAGUCGGAUGGAAGUUCCAACAAUAUUAGCGGUGAUCAGUCUAGUGUUGUUACAAGUCGGAUUUGGACUUUCGGAAGAUGACUCCGAGAAUAACGAGCCACCGAUUGGUGGCGGUUACAGUGUAUUCCAAGUGUUUAGCAAUGGAUAUGAGAAUUAUCUGCCGGUAGCUCCUGAGGCGGACUAUAACAUUCGAUCAGAAAACUUACGGUAUAAUACCGACAGCAAUUCGGAAUGCCUGCUGGGAAGUGCCUACAAUUAUCUCCCUUGGUUGCAUCCCAAUGGAUCGCUCGCCAUCAAGAACGGAACCGGUACAAUGGAUUUGUCUAACCUGUUGUUUAGUGACAAUGCGAUGUCUUCCCUUGCGAGCAGGCUGGACUCAGUGAUUUCUUUAAAUCGAGUACGUUACCUCACGUUUGCCGUGAACCGAUUAACAAUGCUACCGGUGGACAGUUUGGAAAGAUUCAGUAAUGUGGAGUUCCUGUCACUUUCCAACAAUCCAUUCAAGGAGUUCGAACCUGCGCUCGCAAUUCACUCAAAGCUGCCAUACUUGCCAUCAUUAAACACAUUGGACAUGCGACGCUGUCAUCUACGAGUUUUUCCGUCGGACUUUUUUCACGGUGCUCCUGCGCUACAGUACCUCUUUUUGUCCCAUAACUACAUCGGCAGGAUAUCGACACCGGUGUUCAGCCGGCUGAGCAGCCUUGUACACCUGGAUUUAUCCCACAUGGACAGUUCGAAGCGCGAGAGAGAAGUAAAAGCGGAAAAUCCAUUUAUGAAACUCAUAGCUGGGAUGGAUUUGGAUGAGAAAGUUUUUGAACCGAUGAAAAAACUACGAUUCUUAGAUUUGUCCCACAGUAAGCUAGAGUUGAAGGCGUUUAUUGCCUUGAGUUCGCUUGGUUCACAACUGGAAUACGUGAGCUAUUGUUACACGAAUCUGCCAGCUAUCAUGGAUUAUCUCUUCCUGAUGAAAAGUAUAAAAAUGUUGGAUCUUUCAGGAAAUUCAGGCUGUGCGAGAACACUCAAUGCUAACAGUAUGACGUUACUGAGAGACAGCCUAGAAGUGUUGUACUUCCAGAAUUCCAACAUUAAUCGACUGGAUUGGCUUUUGGGUUUGCGGAGAUUGAAAGUUUUAAAUUUAAGAAAAAACUUUCUGGUGAAUCUGGAGAAUGCGCCGUUUUACGCGCUCUCCGGCUUGGAGUCAAUCGACAUUAGUCAGAAUUUCAUUCAAUCGUGGUCUCAUAGGAUUUUACAUAAUAAUCCCAAGAUUUCAGUGCUGAAUGUGAGGAACAAUAAUCUAUUAUUGAUCACAAUGGCAAUGAUGGAAGAUUUUGACGCUCUCGAAUAUCUUGCAAUGGGAGGCAAUGCUUUGCAAUGUACUUGCCAUUAUAUCUUUUUCAUGACAAUGAUAGUACGAAACAAUUUUUCUGAUCUUGUGCAAAAUGUAAACUCUAGAAAUAACAUGUCUGCAUUGCAUAAUGUACAGGCUGAACGUACUUAUCUUUUUGAUUACACUGAGGAAGAUUAUCAAUGCAUGAACUUCACGAGCAAGAAAAAAAUUAACGUUGCCCAACUGCCUUUGUGUCCACGGGGAGUCGAUAAUGAAUACAUUAAAAUCAAUGACACAGAUGAAUAUGAAAUUGUCAGUGAAGAGUUUGCAGAAAAAUCCAUCGUUUUGUACGCCAUUUCCGGUUCGUUACUACUAGUGAUGCUCUUUCUGGUAUUUGUAAUUUACUGGAAUUGGUUCUACAUCAAGUAUUUUUUUAAAUUACUGAAAAACUCAGCUAUUUUGAGCUUUUUCAACGAUGACCAUAUGUGUUUGGAUAAAUCUCACUUAGAGGAGGAAACACCUUUCCAUUAUGAUGUUUUUGUCAGCUAUAGUGACAACGAUCGAGAUUGGAUACUGGAUCAGAUGUUACCAAAUUUAGAACGAGAAGAGUUAUUGACGGUUUGUCUGCAUGAAAGAGAUUUCCAGGUAGGAUAUAGCAUCCUGGAGAACAUCAUCUCGUGUAUGGAUCGUUCACGUUGUCUCUUGUUGAUAGUUUCGGAGAGCUUCCUGCUCAGUCGCUGGUGUCAAUUUGAAAUGCAUUUAGCCCAACAUCGCUUGCUGGAAACUCGUCGUGAUGAGUUGAUACUGGUUCUGUUGGAAGACAUCCCUAAACGCAAAUGUCCCAAAACGCUUAGCUACCUAAUGAAAACUAAGACUUACAUCAAGUGGCCAAAAGAACGAAUACAAGAGCAAGAGCUUUUUUGGAAACGCUUGCGAAAAGCAUUGCUUAUGUCGAAGCGUUAGCCAAAUGACAGAGCGAAAGAGCACAUGCUUUUGAUUGCAUAAAGUUAGGAGAAUUUGAUUCGAAAAUAGUCAUGCGUGAUAAAUACAAGACAAGAGAAUCCAAAUUAUUAGUAUGUAGAUCAUAAUGUUGGUAUGUUCUUAUUUAGGAUUUUCAUGUCGCUAAAUCAUCUGUCUUAUAGUAUUCAAAGUGACAAGAGGAAUGAUCCAUAAGAAUUAUAUUUCAACCGCAAUUUGGGCGAUAUUUAGUGACGUUACUAGCCUUUUAUUUACAGAAACACAAUACGAAAAAAUCCUCAACAAAACAUUUAUACAUUCUGUCAAAUA